AUGCCGUUGGGAAGACUUUUCUUGGAUGCUGAUAGUGAUGGUGAUGCUGAAGAGAAAGAACAUGAAAAGGACAGUUCGGAUCCACAUGUGAUCAAGAGACGUUUGCAAACAGAGAAGGCUAGGAGUGCUUUGGCCUCCUCACGGGCAGCUCGGAAGGCAUCAAAAGAUUGUGGUGGUGGCUCUAGCGCCAGUAGUGCUGGAGUUUUUGCUGUAUCAGGAAUUUCAGAUGCCUCUCCUGCAGCUAAAUUUUUGCAGAAAAAGUUUUUGACAGGAAGACUCCAUCAUUCCUAUGCGUUGUCACAGGGUUAUGAGACCAUCACAGAUCCGAACCAGAAUCGGGGGAAUCAAAGAGAUCGUGCCAGAUGUGCUUGGAGCCUUUUGUGCGCCAUUGCCCAUGCACUUGAAGCAAUUUUUGCCGUUCCUCCAGCAAACCCUCCUGUGAAGUUUGUCAUCAACACAGCAGUGCCAGAUGACACCAAGGGGCCAAGCAAAGGUGACCGAUCACUGGUGUUUACCGUGAUGAAUGUCGCCCAGAACUGCGUUGUGUGUUAUGAUGCUCCUUCGGAUUCACAACAUGAUUGGCACUGUUUGUCUGUCCCUUGCCCUAUAUCCGUUUUGAAGGCGCCCAACCGGGAGCACAUUCAUGCUGCGUAUGCUUCUCACUUGAUUGCUGGUGGUUCAGGUGUGGGCCAAAAGUGGAAAGCACUAGGCAUCACUGAUACAGUCACCAAUGCUAUUACCAAUGCAAAGUGGGCAGUGCAAGUGAUGUGCGGUGACGCCCUUGAGGCAAACUCAGCAGCGUUUGCGAUUGAGAGGAAAUUGCUGGCAGGGGUUCAAGUGGCAAAGUUUCCAGAAGAAAUGUCAAACUGGCGGAAGAGAGCAGAGUGGUUGGUCAGGGGCUUUGAUUCUCGAUCGAAAGCUACAGUCACCGCCCUUCAAGACCUUGUUCAGUUCUUGAAUGGCAACACUGCUGACAGUCAGGGGCGUUUGGUGCACUGGUGCCUAUUGCCGGCCAGCAAUGGUGGCCAAGUAUGCUGUGAAAGUGAGGGUGACGCAUGGAAUCGCUUGAUUUCCUGCUUGACAGCAUUUCUCGCUAAAGGCUUUGCAGUGCCAUUGCUGUACCGAAUGAAACAUUACUGCCAGGCAUCCAGCUAUAUGCGAGUUGCCACCAACCUGCAUGGCAUUUUGCCACGAAUUUUGCAGGAAAUGAAGAGCAUCACUAUGUCAAGCGCAAGCAGCAACAGCAAACUUUCUGAAGUGGUCGAUGUGUUGUUGGCAGAGAGUAAAGUCGGGCAACAGCCCUCACAAGGGCUCAGCAAUGAAGAUUUUCAAGCGCUCCUGGGUGAGAUGCUGAAUGAAAACGCAGACUACGCUGCGCAAAACGGGGUUCGCCGCAAGAUGGUCUUAGCCGAGGUGUCCAAGGAAACCUUCAGCCAGUCAUCCAUCAUCAUUGAUAUGUUGGUACAACCGCUGGAGCGUGCAACAAACUUUUUCUUGAAAAGGACAAAACUACUUUACGACAUGCAGUACCUUAGCCGUGCCAAUCCUCGCUAUGAGGAACAGGGGCGUGAGUCCAAGGAAAAAUUCCUUCAAGUGAUUCAGGGAGACCUGGGCAAAGAGCUUCUUCGAUCCUACAUCGGAGUCUUGAGCAACAGUCUCAAGGAAGCAACGGCCAUGGGACUACAGGGGACACAAGAACAGCUCAACCUCAUUUUUCAAAUGAUCUGUGUCUCAUUGACAGACUUGCAAAGGCGGUUGGUACAAGAGUUCAUGCAGCCACCAUACACUUUGCUUGCACUAGCAGACGCCGAUUUCCCAAGCUUUGUUUCAGGGUGGCAACAGUUGCAGCAAAGGCACAAGAAGUGCAAGCAAUGUGUAGAUGUUGAGUUCACAGCUGCUUUGCUCAAUGCAUACCGCACUCGCAUGUCUUCCGAGCUUACACCAGAGCAAGCGCCAGAGGUUGAAGAGGUCCAGGCCCUUUUGAGGGCAAUCUGCACAUGGUGCCCUCUCACAAGUGAUGCAGAAGUGGCUGCAGUCCAACGAACCCAUGGCGCUGCUCAUGAAACACCUGAGGAAAGAGAGGCGCGCUUGGGACAUGCUGUGAGUCAAAAGGUUCGGAAGAUUGCGGGUUGGAAUGCCUAUUGCAAGCAGCGAUUGGAAGGAUCCGCUUUCAACACCAAAGAGUAUUCUGAACGAGUGAAGCUCAUUGGACAAGAAUGGAAGAAUAUGUCACCAGAGGAGAAAGAACCAUUUGCAGUUGAAGCUUCUCACCAGAAUGAGCUACGGCAAGAGUUGGCCGAAACACCACUUUCUGUUGGAGCCCCGGGAAUGCCAUCCCGGGCAACACAGCUUGAAGCACAAGUUGGAAGGAAUGGCUGCAAACAUUUUGCGGCAAGACGGCUUUUACUCAACCUGGCCCAAUAUGAGCAACACUCCACGUGGCAGCUACCAACAUGCUCUGGAGCACUGAAAGCAUCGCAAAUAGAUAUGCGCAUUGGGGACACUGAAGUUUCGGAACGAUUGGAUGAAACAAUGCACAAAGCAGUCACUGGGACUUCUCUUGAGUCUGAGAUUCCAGAGGAAAUCCUGGGCAACCUUGAAGUUCAUGAUUCUCCGUGUCCUCAUUUCGUUUGCCAACUUGACCACAAUUAUUCCCGUAUGGAGCAGAUGGUGAAAGAUCUGUCAUGGAAGCUUGAAGAGCAUAAGAUUCACCCUGGUUGCCUCCUUGUGUUUUCAAGCUCCCACUGUCGUGACGUCAGCCAUCCACGGAUUAUUGGUGUGUCUGCCAAGAAACCCAAGUUCCACAUGUUUUUGAAAGUGGUCCUCGAGCAUGACCGAGUGUUGCUGACAAGGUCUCAUGAUGCGGAGCCCGAGUUUGAGUCUUCACAUGAACUUUUCUUGAUGCUUUUGAGGUUGUCGGAAAGCACACCUGACACUGAGUGCAAUGUUGAAGUUGCCGUUUGGGAUUGCAAUGCCUUUUUAGUGUCUCAAGGUCAAGGUCCGACAUGUUUGCUCCAGAGUAGUCCUGAUUCGUUGCGCUGCCAGUUCAUUGUCUCCAGUGUGAAAAGAACAAAGAAAAAUAUGAGAAAAUUUCCUUGCCCUUUGGCUUUGACAAAAGCAUCAAGAGGAAGCGCCAAGCAGCCCAAAUCCCAGAAGAGCCCUUCGAAGUGCAAGGUUGGAAAAGUGAAACCAGCCACGCCUGAAGAGAUCUCAAGUCAGGACCUCGACAAUUCGUCAGAAUCAAGUGAGUCCAGUGAGUCUGAGUCUUGCAAAGGUGAGGUGCAAGAAGAAGGUGAUGCUUUUCCUGAGGUUGAGAAAGAGGAAGAAGUGAUCAUUCCUAUGUCAAGUACAGUGGAAAAGGAGGCAUAG